AUGAGCAGACUCCUAGGGUUGUCGGGCAUAAAAGGCCUGGAACAGUUCAGAUCUGCGCCUGGAUUCAACUCAGGAUCUUCGGAGAGGAAGAUGCCUUCAAGUUCUUCGCUCGCGCCUUCACAGUCUGUUUCUUCUGGAAGCUUUGCGAAUCUGAAGCUUACUGCAGAGAAAUUGGUGAAGGAACAAGCUUCUGCGAAAACUGACCUUGAAUUAGCGAAUUCUAAGCUCAAGAAACUGACGGAGCAAAUUUGUAUCAUGGAAGAGAAAUUGCGAAAUGCUUUCAAUGAAAAUGCACAGCUUAAAGUGAAGCAGAAAGAGGAUGAGAAGCUCUGGAUAGGACUCGAGUCUAAGUUCUUUUCAACGAAGAUACUGUGUGAUCAACUCACAGAAACUUUGCAGCAGUUAAAUGUUCAGGUUCAUCAGGCUGAGAAAGAUAAAGCAUUCUUCGAGAAUAAGCUGUCUGAAACGUCAGCUGCUCUUGACAAAUUGCAUGAGCACAUGAAGUCUAUGUCCUCGAGGUUGGACUCUUCAGAGGAAACUAUCAAAAAGCGUGAGAAGGAGCUUGUGGAACUUGGCCUUGCAAAGGAUAAAAUGGAGACAUCAUUUAUAAAUGAACAGAAUAGAGCUUUCCAUCUGAUUGAGGAAAAAGAUGGUACCAUGAAACAAUUGGAAGAAGAUGUAGCAGCAAACAAAUUGGCUUUAGAAAGUUUAACUUGUAAGAUGGAAAAGUUGCAACUUGAAAUGAGGGUGAAAGAAGAUGACAUGCUUUCAUUGAGUGUCUCCAAGGAAAAUUUGGAGAGAGAAAACAAGGAUCUUCUCUCCAGCAAACAUGAUCUUGCUAACAAAUUACAAAUGGCACUCAAAGAGAUCAGGGAUCUUGAAGACCUUGUCACCCUGAUGCUUGUGAAGUUCCGGGAGUUGGAAGACCAGAGCCUGUCGUUUUCCCAAAAAGUCAACCAAUUCUAUGACUCGUUUGAUUCAUAUGUUAAGUUGGCUCAGCAGGAGAAAGAACUUAUUUCUAAGUGUGCUCAGCAUAAGUUUGAUCAGAUAGACAACAAGUGUACAUUUGUUAUAUCUGAGAAAGUUGCUCUAGAGUCAGUUAAUCAAGAAUUGAACAGUAAGCUUGUCGAACUUCAAAAGGAGCAGGAAUUUUCCAUUGUGCAGCAUGCAGAAGAAUGCCGUUUAACAGAAGAGAAAAUUCGGAAAUUGGAAGCUGAAGCAGAAAAUCUUGUUACUAAGCAGACCGAAAUGCAAUCCUUGAUAGUCACCUUGGAGGAUAACCUCAAGAUUUCCGCAGAAAAGUCAAGAUCAUCUGAUAAAAAUAUGCAAGAUUUGUUGCUGAAAUUUUCCGAGUUGGAGAAUAAUAGCAAAGGUCUUACAGAUGAACUUAAAGCAGAUGUCCUUAAAAAGCAAGAUGAAAUUGAUCUUCUGCAGAAGGAGGUAGAGAGAAGUGAAGAGAGUUCACAUUCACUUGAGAAAAAAAUCAGUGAGCUUGAGAUUGCCGUGGAGGAGAAGGACCAGCUAGUUGUGGAACUCAGAACCCGAGAAAAACAAUUGGAUGAUCAGAAAGCCGAGAUUACGAUAGCAUUGGCUAACGCUGAAAGUAAGCUUGAGGAAGCCAGGAAGCAGCACGAUCACAUGUUGGAAAGCAAACACUUGGAGCUAUCUAAACAUUUGAAAGAAAUAUCUCAGAGAAAUGAUCAGGCCAUUAAUGAUAUACGAAGGAAGUAUGAGGUGGAGAAACAGGAGACUGUUAAUCUUGAGAAAGAGAAGGCAGAAAAAGUUAUCCAAGAUUUGGAAAACAGAAGUUUGCAAAAGAUAGAAGAGCAAAAAGAAGAAUUUCAGCAACAUCUGUUGCGGGUGCAGGAAGAACAUGCUCUACUGGUAUGCAACAUUCAACAGGAACAUGCUAACAAAGAAAUGUGCCUCACAUCUAAGCACACUGAAGAAAUAAAACGCUUGCAACUUCAAGCUGAAACUGAACUAAGAGAGAAAACAAAAUCACUCAGGUCUGAGCAUGAAGCCCAGUUAAAAGCUUUGAGGUGCGAGCAGGAAGAUGAGUGCAGAAGACUGCAGGAGGAGUUGGAUAUUCAAAAGGCAAAGGAAGAGAGACAGAGGGCCUUACUGCAGCUGCAGUGGAAAGUAAUGAGUGACAAUCCAGAAGACGACCAAGAAGUGACUUCUAAAAAGAACUAUAUUCCCUCCAAGAGGAGAACUAAAGGCAGUGGUGACAGAAUUCAGCGUCCGCUUGACAGAACAGACAUCGUGGAAAAGGAUUCCCCUUAUCUGAAAGCAACAGAAACUCCAGUUUCGAACCUGUUAAAAAAUGUCGAGAAUCCGAAUGAUCUGCCCAAGCAUAGCCGGAAGGUGACUCACCAUGAAUAUGAAAUCGAGACCUCGAAUGGCAGAACAAUCACAAAGCGGAGGAAAACUAAAAGCACAGUCAUGUUCGGGGAUCCGAGGAAGCAGGGGAGGAGAGAGACACCAAAAGCAAAGACCCCAAAACAAAUUACCCAGGCAGUCAAAGGUGGGGCCCACCCCAAUCCCGCCAACAUUGGCGAUCUGUUUACGGAAGGAUCUCUGAAUCCAUAUGUGGAUGAUCCCUAUGCAUUUGAUUAG